AUGGCGACUACGACGAGCCCUCUUUCUGGCGAGAAUGAGGAGGAUCCCGCGCCCAUGACCGACUUGAAGUAUUCGCAUGAUGACGAUCACCACGAUACUCCUACCCCUGAUGCCACCAUCAUGGACUCCAAAUCACUGCCGGCGCAGAAGAGACGGCGCGUUGGCCGCGCAUGCGACGAGUGUCGUAGGAAGAAAAUCAAGUGCGAUGGCAAACAGCCGUGUACUCAUUGCACUGUUUAUAGUUAUGAUUGCUCAUAUGACCAGCCUUCCAACCGUCGUCGGAAUCCCGCCCCGCAAUAUGUCGAGGCCCUGGAAAAUCGCCUUCAAAAAGCCGAAGCGCUACUCCGAAUCGUUCUUCCAAAUGUCGACCUCGAUGAUCCACAACUAGACCUGCAUGCGACAGAACAGAAAUUCACAGCCGCGCAAAAAUCAAAAGCGACGGAAGAUGUCAGACCGUCAGGCGCACUUGACCCGGCGCAAGAAGGCGCAGACGAGGGACUACUCGAAACCAUGGUCGAUAAUUCGGGCUGCUUAGAUCGAGAUGACCAAGGCCAUUGGGAUUAUCACGGUCACACCUCGGGCGUUCUCUUUGUUCGCCGGUUGCGCAAACAGCUGGGCGCCGCGGAUAUUACAGCGCCUAUGGCUCGAUCGCGCCCCUCGAUAAGUGCGCAUAUGAUGGAUAGUCCGAAGUCUGUGUCCGAGUCGCCUCAAGAUUCAACAUUACCUCCCACACAUGACCUGCCGCCGCGGGCGGCUGCGCGCCGUUUGUGCCACAAUGCGAUCGAUCAUGCCUGCUCCUUGAUGAAAUUUGUGCAUAUACCCUCUUUUUUUGCAAGUCUGGAGCGCAUUUACGAUACUCCCCCGGAACAAUUCACAAACCAAGAUCACUCCUUCUUGCCGCUUUUAUAUAUUGCCAUUGCCGUUGGCUGCUUGUUCUCGGACGAUGAAUCAGGACAGGGUACCUUGGAUUUGGCUGGCUACGAAGGCGCAAUAGGCCAAGGGUUCCAAUUCUUCAAGGCCGGUCGACAACUACUGGAGAUCACUGACUGCCGUGACUUGGUUUCUCUACAAGCAAUCUGCUUUAUGGUUCUCUUCCUCCAAUCAUCCGCGAAGCUGAGCACAUGCUAUUCAUAUGUGGGAAUUGCACUUCGUUCAGCACUGCGAUUAGGUCUCCAUCGCUCUGUUGCGGCAGACUUCAAUCCCCUCGAACGAGAGCUUCGAAAGCGCAUCUUCUGGGUCGUUCGGAAGAUGGACAUCUACGUGAGCACAUUAUUGGGUCUUCCCCAGAUCCUGAGUGACGACGAUAUCGAUCAAGAGUACCCAAUGGAAGUUGAUGGUGAUUUCAUCACUUCCGAAGGAAUUACUCAACCCCCGUCUAACUAUACACCGUUGAUGGCUGGAUGCAAUGCACACACUCGUCUUUCCAACAUCAUCUUAAAGGUGGUGAAAUAUAUCUACCCAGUCAAGAAUGCUCGCUAUCGCUCGAAGUCAGACCAGCGAUACAUGGUCAGCCACUCCAAAAUCCGGGAGAUCGAACGAGAUCUGCAAAAUUGGAUGGAGGAAUUACCCCCUGCUCUGCGACCGGGCACAGAAGUGUCGCCCCAGCUAGAACGUGUCCGGCAAUUGCUGCGUAUAAGCUACGCCCACGUCCAGAUGGUCAUGUACCGCCCAUUCCUCCACUACGUCACCGGCGGUUCGCAAGCGCGUGGCGUAGACAAGCGAUCAUAUGCCUGCGCGGCAGCCUGCGUCAGCGUUUCCCGAAAUAUUGUUCACAUCACGACCGGAAUGCAAAAGAGAGGACUGCUCAAUGGAUCCUUCUGGUUUACCAUGUAUACGACCUAUUUCGCUAUCCUCUCUUUGAUCUUCUUCGUGCUUGAGAACCCGGAUUCGCCCACAGCCAAAGAUGGCGUCCUGAAAGAUGCCAUGGAGGGCAAAAAUACUCUAGCCGGAUUGGCCAAGAAGAGUCUUGCUGCCGACCGGUGCUCUCAGAGCUUAAACUGCCUGUUCAAAACAUUGCCCGAGAUGUUGAAAAAUCGCCAGAGCUCAAAGACCCCUGUCAAUCUCAAGCGCCCCGCCCCAUCCAACACCGCCGAGCCUGAGCCGAACAAUGCCGAACCUCAGCCGAAGCCAUCCUUCGAGAAGACGCUGCCAGUUCGGUCAAGCACUUUUCCAGUGCAAAUGAUGUCACAGCCGGCUGUCGCCGAUGAUCAGAAUCGCCGGCAACGAAGUGUGGACAAUGUCCAGCCUGUGACCAAUCGCCCUGCGGCUGAUAUUCAUCACCAGUCCACAUGGAUUUCAACCACGCCUGACCUACUAACAGAAACCAUGACAACCCCGGAACAUAUUUCUUCCUCCAGCAUGACCUCCUCCAUGCCCAAUCAAGAGCCAUCAAGUCUAGCAUGGGCUCAGCAAUUCACCAAUCCAUCCAACCUCCCAGAUCUCAUGCCAAUGAUGUUCCCAUCGGACGAUCCAUUCGCGUAUCCAACACAGCCCAUGUCCACCUUGGAAGAUGCUCACUUCCGGCACGACCCUGCAGGUAUGCCGUCACAGUAUUCCUUCGAUUCAGCCCCAGGCAUGGGGCCCACCACACCAGUGGAUCCCUCCAGCGCAGGGGGCACUCCCACCUUUGACUUUAAAAACAUACCGAACUACCCCAUCACAAAUUCCGCAGGGAUGAAGUCAUCAGUGCCAAGCCACCUCCGCCCCUCCCACUCCCGAACUUCGUCCCGCGUCCACUCCCCAAUAUCGCAGAGCCAGACUCCGACAGAUGCGAGCAGCAGUUCAGACCUGGUCUCAAUCCCGAACCAGAAUUUCGUCUGGCAGGGCUACAAUUUCCAGGCCAACAUCGCAACUGACAUGGCACCUGAAACCGCACCCCAACAGCAAGAGAUGCCCGCUCCAAAUGGAUUGCCUCCUUUCAGCAUGGGCAUCGAUGAGAAUAUAGGCAUGAAUAUGGAUCUAGGGAUAACCUUUGAUGAUCUGUUUGGCAAUAAUGCUGCCUAUCGGCCGGGCAGCGGGGCGUCUGCUGAGGAUUGGGCUCAGUGGAUGAAUGCUAACAGCAUUUAA